ACAGUACUUGGCGCCGCGAGUACCACUCAGUACAAUUUGUCGCCAAUAAUACUCAGCCCCAAGGACACCCCCCGGGUUGCCAGGCCACAUGUGUCACAGGGGGAUGAUGAAGGUCGUGCCGCCGUCGGCCAGGUGUUGUGGCAGUCCACGGCAAGCCGAGGUGGCCGUCAGCCAGGUGUGAAGUGGCAACCAAGGUGACACCUGCCCGCUGGACGUGUGCCGGCCAGUGUGCCCUUCAGGCCGGCCACUCACUCCUCAGCAGGUGUGUUCCGCGCGCUGGCGUGUGUCUGAGCCGCAGGUGUCGUGCACGCCACGCCACACGGCUCCUGAGCCGCCCCGCACGUCCCUCCCCGCCCCGCCAGCUGUGUUGAGUAGUGCCCCGCGUGUCGGGUCGUCAGGAUCACGUAGCGCCGCGCCGCGCCGGGGACAUGUAGUGUUGCGGCGGCAGCAGCAGCAGCAGUGUCCAUGGGGCAGCUGCAGCACCCGCCUGACGGAGGCCACGCGCCGCGACGCACCCACACGACACACGCCCACCCACGCCACACCGCCGCGGCCUGCGACCCUUGCUGAGUGUGGAGAACCCGGGUGUCCUCUCGUCUGAUGGAGAAAUACGAGAAGCUGAGCAAGAUCGGGGAGGGGUCGUACGGCGUGGUAUACAAGUGCCGAAACAGGGAGACGGGGAGCCAAGUGGCCAUCAAGAAGUUCGUUGAGUCGGAGGAUGACCCGCUCAUAAAGAAGAUUGCCCUUAGGGAGAUACGGAUGCUGAAGCAACUCCACCACCCGAACCUCAUUAACCUGAUCGAGGUGUUCAGGCGGAAGAGGAAGCUCCACCUGGUGUUCGAGUUCUGUGACCGCACCGUCCUCAACGAGCUGGAGAGUAAUCCCAAAGGGCUGCCGGAGGAGAAGGUCAAGAAGAUCACCUACCAGCUGGUGCAGGCCAUCGGAUACUGCCACAAGCACAACUGUAUCCACCGUGACGUUAAGCCCGAGAACAUCCUCCUCACCAAGAGCGGCGUGGUGAAGCUCUGCGACUUUGGCUUCGCGCGGAUGCUGAGCCCCGGCGACAACCUGACAGACUACGUGGCGACGCGCUGGUAUCGGGCCCCGGAGCUCCUCGUCGGCGACACGCAGUACGGGACGCAGGUGGACGUGUGGGCCAUCGGGUGCGUGCUGGCCGAGCUGGUGAAGGGCGAGGCGCUGUGGCCGGGCAAGAGUGACGUGGACCAGUUGUACCUCAUUAGAAAGACGCUGGGCGACCUCCUCCCGUACCACAUGCAUAUCUUCAAGAACAAUGAAUUCUUCCGCGGCUCCAGCAUCCCCAAGCCCGACGGUGUGGAGACCCUCAAGGCGAAAAUGCCCAAGAAUUUCCCCGAAGAGGGCGGCGACUUCCUCGAGAAAUGCCUCGACCUUGACCCGGCCAACAGGUGGUCGUGCGAGCAGCUGACCCAACACGACUACUUCAAAGGCUUCACCUACAAGAUACCUGAGGAGGACCAGCUGGAGCACGACAGGCUAAAGAACCCGUCCGUGUCGGGCUCCAUGCUGCUGCCCCAGCUGGCCAGCACCCCGGUGGGCGGCGGCUCCGUGUCCACCUCCUCCUCGCCGGACAUCCGGCACCCGAUGCACCGCGGUGCGCGAAACUUCGACCACCUGCCCACCAUCUGACAAAAUGGCGCCGGGCUCCAGCGGCCGCCCCACAUCCUGCCCCCCAACAUGGUGCCGUCCCCCUCGCCGCCCCAGGAAAAGGCCAAGACUGUGAACGGGGUGGGUGUGGCUCGCACGGCCCCCAAGUCUAGCCCCCCGGCGGGCCUCAGGCAGCCCCCGGCCGUGCUGGACAAGGGCGACCUCUACUCCCUCCUGUACCGCAAAUACAACUCCUCGUAGCUGUUCACCUCGUGUUGUCGCGGCUGGAAGCCCCCGCCGCCCCGCCUCGCACCACCCCCACCCCUCCCUGCUGCCCGGCCCCCGUCCUACCCUGCCCUCCACUGCCCAUCCCUUCCCUUCCCAUCCAUUCCAUUCCCUUCUCUUUCCCUCCCGUCCUCCAUAUCUCCUUCACUUCCCAUCCCCUCCCCUUCCUUUCUUCUCCCCUUUCCUUCCCUUCCCUUUCCUUUCCUUCCUUUCCCUUUCCCUCCACUCCCUUCCUCUCCUCCUCCCCACACCUUCCCUCCUCUCCCCCCUGCUGAGUGCCACGGUCUCACGCCGGACCCCCUGCCAAUUAGCCUAGAGAAGACAAGGAAGGCCUUGACGGCCCUUCUUUUCUGUUUCCUACAGUGCGAACCAGACUUGAACCGUCACCGUCACCGCCGUGUGCUGUGUUGUGAGUCAGGCCCCGAAGUGACGAAUCUGAGACGCCUUGACCAUCCUGUGUUGUGAAUCAGGCGAGUCUGAGGUGCGUUAGGCGUCCUGUGUUGCGUCGGGAAGUGUUGUGUUGGUGGACUAACUCUUACGGGCCACACCUGUGAUAUGAGAGCACCUGUUGUGUCUCUCAUAGACUAGGAUAGAGUAUUGCUUUCAGAUCCUACACACCUUCGCAGUACCCUAAAUGCAUAUACAUAACUUUAUCGAUAGUUAAACCUCUGAAAAAAAAAGUGAGAGAAAGAGAAGAAACUAUAAAGUUAGUUUUGAUAAUUAUAUGUUUUUUUUAAGUCAGUUUUAAGCGAGUCUGACGAACAAGGCUCAUAAAGUGGCAACACUGCGUCUUGUCAUGCCUUUAGUCUUCGUUAAGGGGGCAUCACACUGGGCUAUUUUUCCUCCAACCUCCGAUUAAUCGGCGGUGCCGCCCACCUCCAGCACUUUUUCCGCCAACUGUUGGAACAGAUGUGCAGCCCGCAGCUUUCGGGAAAGAACCGAUUUGCUGGAGAAAAAUUCGAAGUCAAGUGACCUUCUAUGUAAAUUGUUGAGAAAACAAAAUAGUUUGCCAUACUGAUUUUAUUUCUUGCAUAACUUGCAAUAGAAUAAGGAUUAUGAAUAAGAAAAAAUAACUUUAUAAUAGAACAACAUAAGUUGUCGGUUGACCUCUUAACAUAAACAACCCCAAACUGUUCUCUCCUUGCUAACCACUGCCGCCUCCACACACGCCUCUUUUUCUUGGCUUUAAGCUCAUUGCAGUGAAAAAGUAACAGUGCUGUGGCGACAGUUCUUCUCGAAGAGAAGCCCGUCGUCCUGAAGAGGUCGGCCAUUGGUGCUGGAGCUGGAGAUCAACGUAAACAAACGUGUCUGCCAGGAGGUGUCGGCGGUACUGGCUGAAAUCGGAGGUUGGAGGUAGGAUGUCGGAGGAAAAAUAGCCCAGUGUAAUACUCCCUUUAUGACAGUUUCUUUGGUUCAUUUCCACCCAGAGAGGAAGCAAUGCAAGCAUUUACUUCUAUGACCAACACAUUAUAAUGGAUUGAUGAUUACCGAAAAUAUAACACACCAGUUCCACAGCUCGACACAACGUAUUCCCAUGCUAGCAAAGCAAACACAGUACAGUACUACGAAGAUGAGCGGGACAGCAGUACAGUAAACCCUCGCGUUUACGGACCUUUCCGCCGGUAAGUGCACGGAUUUAUCGAACAAGUUCGGUAAUUGCGGGGUUGUGUUCAGUGGUGGGCGCCCGAACAUGUACACGCACGUCAGUCAGCGUAACAGUGUCCAGUGUGUAACUAUUAUUUUAAUUUCUCUGUGUGGGUGUGGUAUUUGUGGUGACCGCAUGUACGGAAGUAUACAAACUUUCAUCAAAUAUAAUGAACAAGCUUUGUUAUAUAAGGUUAUCGAAAAUAGAGAACUUUCUGCUCAUAUAACGAACUUUGUUCGUUAUACCAAAAGUUCUGAUCCCUCGGAUAUAACGGAUUUUCGAAAAUAACGUCACCCCCUUCCCCCACAAUGGUUCGUUAAAGCGAGGGUUUAGAGUGGAGCAGCGAAGUGUUGUCACAGAGUGAUAAAUGUGUUGUCAGUCACCGGUAAAAAGUGCGUAUUUAAAAUGUUUACUUGAGAGAAUGGAUAUUCCGUGAUCGGUCUUGUGUGUACCUGUCUACCUGAAGCAAAGGACAGGUGUGUUACUUGUUACAGGUGUGGCGUGGGUGUGAAGAUACCUGGCGGAGUAGACUUAUUAGGUGGGCGUGGCAUUAUGACUCGGCUGAUGAGCUGAGGCCCCCGCACGCCUUCUAUCCUUGUUAUUAAAGGGGGUAUCACACUGGGCUAUUUUUCCUCCAACUCCAAAUUAGUCGACGGUGCCGCCCACCUCCAGCACUUUUUUCCGCCAACUGUUGGAGCAGAUUUGCAGCCCGCAGCUUUCGGGAAGGAAUCUGAUAUACUGGAGGAAAAUUCGAAGUCGAGUGACCUUCUAUGUAAAUUGUUGAGAAAACAAAAUAGUUUGCCAUAGUGAUUUUAUUUCUUGCAUAACUUGCAAUAGAAUAAGGAUUAUGAAUAAGAAAAAAAGAGACAAAAACAAAACUUUAUAAUAGCACAACAUAAGUUGUCGGUUGACCUCUUAACAUACAGAGACACGCCAGUCCUCGUCGACAGACCGACUUGGUCAGCUAGAUUUCGAUCGCUAAGGCCCGUGCUCCCUCGUGCAGGGGGGAGCGGUCUUUUCCCUCUUAACGGGCCGUCUUCGGACAAGGGCCCGUUCCCCUAGUGAUACUAGGGGUAGAUCUUUAACAACAACUCUUUAACAUAAACAAUAACACCGUGAGAGAGCAGCGAUGGCCAGCCAAGGGACCAAAAUUAUUUGGAAUAGAGAAGCAGAGACGAGCCUCAUAGAAGCAGUGAAGGAUCACCCAACCCUGUGGGAUCCGCAGAAUGAAAAAUAUAAACUGAAAGGACUCUGUAAAAACCUCUUCACAUCAGUGGCUGAGACCAUGAACCUAACCUAACCUAACCUGUCUGCUGGCAACCCCAAACUGUUCUCUCCUUGCUAACCACUGCCGCCUCCACACACGCCUCUUUUUCUUGGCUUUAAACUCAUUCCAGUUAAAAAGUAACAGUGCUGCGGCGACAGUUCUUCUCGAAUAGAAGCCCGUCGUCCUGAAGAGGUCGGCCAUUGGUGCUGGAGCUGGAGAUCAACGUAAACAAACGUGCCUGCCAGGAGGUGUCGGCGGUACCGGCUGAAAUCGGAGGUUGGAGGUAGGAUGUCGGAGGAAAAAUAGCCCAGUUUGAUACCCCCUGACGCGGCCGCCGGUGCUUCACUGUUAAACGAUUGUUGGCUCAUAUGAAAAAAAGAAAGGUAUUUUUCUUACUUUAGAUUGUCGAAAUUUCAGCGGCAAAGCUACUUAACGAAAUCGGAUUUAUCGAAUCAUACCAAACUGCCUUAAGAAAAACAAAAAAAGGGUCGAGUUUUUAGUUGGUAAUUACCGAAAACAAGUCUAUUUUUAUUUGAUACUUGUACCAAUCAACGCCCCAGUCGUUUGAGAAUAUGAGACCCGGCUCAGUACCAUUACGGUCAGUCGGGUUCCUGCUCUUCCCGGGGUGGGGCGUGACGAGGAAGACACAGGCGAUGCUACUUGUAAUGUUCGCGAGUUAACAUUGAAAGGUUAGCAUUGGUGUGUGUGUGUGUGUGUGUGUGUGUGUGUGUGUUGCGGACCCAUGAGUGAUGUGCUUGUUCUUCAUGAAUGUGGGUGGAUCAGUUAGCUUAUAUUGUCGUUGUAUAGAUUAACUGAUUAAUACUUAGUUCAGCUUAGUUCAGAGAUUAUCGCGGCCACGACUGACUGAUUGCACGCCCGCGGAAAGGAAAGAGAGAGAUGUUGAAUAAUUUAAAGAGAGAUGUUGAAUAAUUUAGUUUCGUUUUUUUUUUCUUUCGUCUUCAUAACCAAAUUGAACUAUUGAUGGUGCAUAGUGCUGUAAUUUCGGGUACUACUACUACUACUACUACUACUACUACUACUACUACUACUACUACUUCUUGCCCGUAACCACCUUGAAAUAGCAGAUGCAGCCGUCUUGUCUUGUAUCUCCUUUCCUUCUCCUCCUUCUCCUCCCCCUCCUCCUCCUCCUCCUCCUCCUCCUCCUCCUCCAUUACUAUAAUUAUCUACUAUUCGUUCUCUCAGUACUUUUCUUUUCCACUAUUCUCUCUCUCUCUCUCUCUCUCUCUCUCUCUCUCUCUCUCUCUCUCUCUCUCUCUCUCUCUCUCUCUCUCUCUCUCUCUCUCUCUCUCUCUCUCUCUCUCUCUUCGUGUUUCCUUUCUUCUUUCCUUUUAUCUAUCUACUUUAAUUUUACUCUUCAGACUCGCAAUACCAGUCUUCUCCGUGUAUAGCAGAGGUCAGUUAUUUAGCCUAGUAUGUGUUGAGGGUAAAUGUGCGUGUGUUUGAGUGUACCUAGCCGGGAGUCGUGACCUAUUCAUAUCCGUGAGACAUGACCUAUACAUAUCCCGGAGUCGUGACCCGUGAGUCGUGACCUAUACAUAACCGUGAGUCGUGACCUAGAAUCGUGACCCGUGAGUCGUGACCUAUACAUAACCCGUCCUAUACAGAUACCGUGAGUCGUGACCUCUACCAUAACCGUGAAUCGUGACCUAUACGUGAGUCGUGACCUCUACAGUCAUAACCCGUCCUAAUACAGCUUUACCAGCGUCUCCAUGGCAUCCGUCCUCAGCAAGUAUAAGCAAGUAUAUACUGUUAAUAAUAUAUAGUGUUAUGAUAGUGAUACCUACCUGCAGUUAUAGUGAAUACGUAUAUGCCUAGCUAGAGUGAUAAUGUAAAGCCAGUACGAUGAGAUAUACAUAAAGCAGAUGACCAGAACAAGA